GGCGCUCCCGUGACGUCACGGCGCCGCUUUCCGGUGACUGAGUCGAGCUGAGGUUGUUGUGGGCCGGGGGCGCCAUGGGGGCGACUGGCGACACCGAGCAGCCGCGGGGCCCCGGCGGGGCGGAGCGAGGCGGCCUGGAGCUGGGCGACGCGGGCGCGGCGGGCCAGCCGGUUCUCACGAACCCUUGGAACAUAAUGAUCAAACACCGGCAGGUGCAGCGAAGAGGCCGCCGAUCUCAGAUGACCACAAGUUUCACAGAUCCAGCCAUCUCUAUGGAUCUCCUCCGUGCUGUCCUGCAGCCUAGCAUCAAUGAGGAGAUCCAGAGUGUCUUCAACAAGUACAUGAAGUUCUUCCAGAAGGCAGCGCUGAAUGUGCGAGACAACGUUGGUGAAGAGGUGGAUGCAGAACAGUUGAUUCAGGAGGCCUGCCGCAGCUGCCUGGAGCAGACACUAGAGAACCUGAUGCUUGUGUCAGCUGUGCUAUUAAUGGAGACUGUCAGCAUCCAGCAUGUGCUUUGCUUGACUGUGAACUUGUUAACGAUGCCUUGCUUGGCUGUGACGAGAUUCAGAAAGGAGCAAAGACACUGCCUGAUCCCCAGCUCUGGGAGGGCACAGCUCCCCAGAAGAACACUGGAAACAGACCUGCUUCUUGGAGACUAUGUUGUUUUAGCCAACAAAUUCCUAAGAGGCCAGACUGUUUACUGCAGGAAUGAGCGUCAUGUGUGAACAACUGUAACCGUUGCUAACAGACAUUUGCUGAUAGUGUCCCUAAGGUUGAACUGAAGGAGGAUAAAUUGAAAGAUCUCUCUUCAUUCACCUGCAUCUCAAAUCCCUUUCCUCUGGGUGUUUGUGUGUAUCCGUGUGCAUGUGUGUAAGUGGUCCACGGCAAGUAUAUAAAGUCAGAAGAUGACUGUAUAUAAAUAAAGUCAGAAGAUGACUGUCUGACAUUCUUCCUUCCUCCAAGUAAUACCUGAACUCACUCAGAUCAUCAGGCGGCAAAUGCAUUUACCUUCUGAGCUAGCUCACUGGUCCCUGUCUUUUUAUUUCUCACUCCACUUGUUAUUUAUUGAGGGCCUACUAUGUGCUUCUUAGUAUCAGGCACCAUCGAUGUGCACUCCCAUGACAAUACCCAACAAAUGUCCAGUAAGAGAGCUUCCUAGAAGAUGAAGAGUUCAGGGCAAGAAAGGGUGUGGUGUGUCUAAGGAGUGAGUGAGGAGAGUGUUACCAGUUCCAUAGGGUAAUGGCGUGGUAUAUAGACAGCACGGCUGUAGUAGGCAGAGCAUGCAGCCCCAGUGGAUGGUGUGGGUGUGUAAUCACAGAGUGGCCUAGUGUCAUUUGCAUUUUAGCAAGAUAACUAUGAACUGGAGUACAGCUCAGCAGCAAGGUGUUUGCCUGGGCUCCAUCCCCAAUAAUCAAAAGGUAAAAGAAACAUCGUCCUGGCUGCUUCGGGGACACUGGAUUGGAAAAGGAUUUAGGAGACUCCUGAGGAAUUCGGAUAAGAUGUAAAGAUGAAGAAGGGUCAGGAGAGAUGGCUCAGUGGGCAAGGUGCUUGUCACAAAAGCCUGACAACCUGAGACUAACCCCCCAAGCCCACCUAAAGGGGAGAGAACCAACGCCAUAAAGCUGUCAUCUGACUCCCUCGUGUGUGUAGGGGUUGAGGCAUAUAUGCCACAAACACACACACACACACACACACACACAUACACACACAAUAAUAGUAGUUAUAAUAAUAAUUUUUUUUUAGAAUGUUAAGUAGGCAUGACCAGCAUUCACUGUCCCCUGCUUUUUUUUUUUUUUUUUUUUUUUUUUUUGGUUCUUUUUUUCAGAGCUGGGGACCGAACCCAGGGCAUUGCGAUUCCUAGGCAAGCGCUCUACCACUGAGCUAAAUCCCCAACCCCUGUCCCCUGCUUUUGAAUGCCAGGUGUGGUAGUCCUGGGGCUCAGGAAUAGAGGCAAGAGGAUCUCUGAGAUUAAGGCCAGCCUGGUGAAGGCAUGUGAAGUCUACACCAGCCUGUGCUACACAGUAAGAUCCUGUCUGUAGAAACAACAAAAAAGGCCUGGAGAGAUGGCUCAGCAGUUAACACUGACUGCUCUUCCAGAGGGCAUGAAUUCAGUUCCCAGCACCCACAGGAGAGCUCAGAGUUGUCUAUAACUCUAGUCCUAUGGGAUCCAAUGCCCUCUUCUAGUAUGGGAACAAAUAGCUGGGCAUAGUGGUGCACACCUUUAAUCCCAGCAUCUGAGAGGCACAGACAGGUGAAUUUCUGAGUUUCAGACUAGCCUGGUCUACAGAGUUGAAUUCCAGAAUAGCUAGGGCUACACAGAGAAACACUGUCAAAAGAAAAUGUUUUACUUACACACACACACACACACACACACACACACACACACAUUAAUAAAAUUUGUUUUAGGCCUCCCUUGUCUAAAACAUACACAUUUACUUGAUUAGAAAAUUCUUCAGACUACACGUGAUGAUUUACACUAGGAUUAUUUUAUUCACUGCUGGUGGAAGUUAUUUAUUUUACACUAACCUUGUGGGUUCCGAAGCAUCCUUACCCACUGCCAACUUCCAGCCCAGUGUUUUAGUUCGGGUAGGUUAAGUCCUGGUUCUCUUGCCUUCACUCCUUAUGCCCUUUUUUCCUUCUCAGUGUUCCUUCUCUCUGACCCUUCCUUGUGUUUGUUUGGGGGAAAUGGCUGAGCUCCCCUCCCAUGUAUUCCCUUGAGUUUUCUCGUUUGCGUUUGUUCACUUUAUUUUUGCAGAUAGCAUUUUUCACUGAGAGGGUUUGUACAGCAGGGCACUGGUGGAGCGUACUUUUAAUCCCAGCA